AUGGAUAGGGAGAUGCGACCCCUCUUGGAGACCAUGGAGAGUCAACUCGACAAGCUGACGAUGAAGGAGCUCGCGGAAGCGCGUUCAAAGAAGAAGGUCUCUCCGGGAAUCCGGGAGACCUUUCAGUUGCUGCACUUUGUGCUGGAUGAUCCGACACCACACCCAAGGGACAGCGACGACUGGAGAAGGUUGGGUUUCGAUCACAAGUUGGUGGAGCGAAUGAAGACCUAUGACCGAGACGAUGUCAAGGACGUGGUCUUUAGGAAGCUGGAGAUCUUUGUGGCCGAGCCCGACCCUGACUUGGAACCCCCAGCGAAGGGGGAAUUUGGGGACAUCGUGGUGGCCAAAGUGGCACUGAAGUGGAUGAGGGCAUUGUACGCGUAUAGCAGCUUGGCCUUCUUUGCAUUGAGGGCUAAAGCUGCGCAGGCUGCCGAGCCAAAGACUGCUCAGGUGAAGUCCGAAAAGAGGCACUGGUUCCCCAUCGCCUCCACCUUGGAGUUGGAUCCUCAACGGCCGACGCCAGUGCGCUUGGAUGGUGUGGACCUGGUGGUCUGGCAGGUCCCUGGUGAAGAAGAUGCCGAGGAUGAGGGAUGGCGAGUCAUGAGCGAUGCAUGUCCUCAUCGUUUGGCACCUUUGUCGGAAGGGCGCAUAGAACCAACGACCAAAUGCCUGCAGUGUGCCUAUCAUGGCUGGGAAUUCAACUCGGAGGGACACUGUACCAAGAUUCCCCAAGUGGAGGAAGCGGCGGCUGAGAAGAUGCGGCAAAACUCACGCUCGCAGGUGCGGAGCUUCCCCACGAAGAUUGCCAUGAAGUUAGUCUGGGUCUGGCUCGGUGAGAGCGAGCCACAGGGUCAUCCAAAGGAUCUGGUGAAAGGAAGUCACUUGGAGUCUGAGUUUGAGGUGGCAGGCACCUACACUAGAGAUUUACCUUAUGGCUACGACAGUCUGGUGGAAAAUCUCAUUGACGUCUCCCACGUGCCCUUCGCACAUCACGGCUUGCAAGGCACUCGCGAUGACGCGGUGCCAGUGUCCAUGACCAUCCCAGAGAUGAAGAGUUCCAACGAGCACGGCGAGAUCUUAAGCUUCACAUUUUGGGAUCGGACCAUGGGCAUGCGGCGGGAAGCGCAGUUCUCUUUGCGAUCGCCGUUCUUCUUCUUCUACCUUGGUGAGUUCAAAGGGGAUGGUGACAACUUGGAGUUCAAAAAGUUCUCCGAGCGCCGCGGAUCCACCGAGCCGGAUGGCAAGCCGCGCUUUCGCUUGAACUGCGCCUGUGUGCCAGUGGCUCCUGGAUGGUCCCGGCUGAUUCUGGCCAAUGCUUCUCGCGGAGGAGACCUGGAUAGUAUCCUUCCACCGUGGGCCAUUCACCUCUUGUCCAACCGCUUCCUUGACAGUGACCUGGCAUUCUUGCACUACCAAGAGCGGAAGCUUCGUGCGAAGGCCGCAGGCCCCGACGGCUGGUCCAGCGCUUACUACAUGCCAGGUGAGUCAGAUCGGAGCAUCGGUGCAUGGCGUCAGUGGUUGGCCAAGGAGCUCAUGGCGGGCAGCGGAGCAUGGGGAGCAUAG